UCGGCAGGAUAUCAUCGUCUUGAAGGCUGAGAGAUAGAGAGAGAGGAGGGGCGUGUUCCUGUCUCUCUCCCGCGUCCAAGUGAAAGUGGGUGCACACUGCCACCUGACAGAGCAGCGAAAGGAGGGGGGAGCCAGAGCAGAUACCGUGAAGGACCGGUCACUGGCCAGCUCACCGUCAGUGUGCGCUUCAGGAAGAAAAAAAGCCUGUGACCCGCCUAUCGCCCAAGGUUAAUUGAGAGAUACAAGCUCCUAUGUUUGACCAGUUGCCUUGAGAGGUCUUUUAGGCUAAGACUUAAGCCGCUUCAAUCAUUACACCCCCACCCCGGCCAGCUGUUGGCUGCUUUUCCUCCUCCUUCACUCUGAGAUUUGCGUUGGGACAGUCUCUAGCUUUCCGGGGGAUUGCUGUUGUUGGAAAGAAGGAGCAGUGGGACUGACAAUGUUGGGGAUGAGGAGUGCUCGCCGCUCAGCUCCGAGAUGCGGACUCCCCUUCAGCCUCUGCUGGGGACUCCGUGCCUUCCUCCUUCAAAUCCUGCUCCUGACUGCUCUUGGGGAGAAACUGACCGGUGCAUGGAGACCUUCCCAAGCCCGGCUCCGGCUCACCUUCUCAGAGUUGAUGCUAAACAAACGGAUCAUCCCACUCACCUUCAGAGCUUCCAACUUGCAUUCCAUAGUCCUUGAUGAAGAUAACCGAAGACUCUAUGCUGCUGCGAAGGACUACCUCCUGACCUGUAAUCUGGAUGACAUUUCGAGUGGAGUGAGGAAGUUAUACUGGCCAGCUACCCCUGAAAGAAUAGCUGAAUGCAAGAUGGCUGGAAAGGAUCCUGACCUGGACUGUGGCAACUUCCUGAGGGUCCUUCACUUCUACAACCAAACUCAUCUGUACGUUUGUGGGACUGGAGCCUUCCACCCACGCUGUGCAUACAUUGCCACAUCGAUGUUCAACAGGGCUGAACAGCUAGUGCUUCAUCAUGAACAGACUGAGUGUGGAAAAGGGAAGUGUCCUUAUGACCCCCGACAGCGGGUGGCCUCAGCAAUGAUUGAAGGUGAGCUGUAUGCUGGAAUAUCCUCUGACUUCAUGAGCCGGGACGUGGCGUUCUUUCGUAGCCUGGGACAUCGUCGUGUGAUACGCACUGAGCAAUAUGAUUCAACGUGGCUGCAAGACCCUAGGUUCGUGAAGGUCAAUGCCAUUGCAGAGAGCAACAAUGUGGAGGAUGAUAAAGUAUACUUAUUUUUCACCGAGCGUGCUCUGGAAGUGGAUAAUGGCAAUGGGAAGGUCAUCUACUCGAGAGUGGCUCGGGUUUGUAAGAAUGAUAUUGGUGGUCAACGCAGUCUGGUCAACAAGUGGAGUACCUUUCUGAAGGCGCGGCUGGUGUGUUCCGUUCCAGGCUCUGAGGGAAUUCAAACCCAUUUUGAUGAACUGCAGGAUGUCUUCGUGCUGAAUGGGAAAGACAAAAAAAAUCCACUGAUCUAUGGAGUUUUCACAACAUCCAGCAAUAUUCUCAAUGGGUCAGCGGUCUGUGUGUACAAGAUGGCUGACAUUAUAAUGGCCUUCAAAGGAGAGUUUGCUCAUAAAGAGGGCCCUGACUACAAGUGGGUGACCUACCCAGGGCGUGUCCCCUUCCCUCGCCCUGGAACGUGUCCCAGCAGCACCUAUGGGAGCUUCAAGUCAACUCGUGAAUAUCCAGAUGAAGCAAUCUUCUUCAUUCGAACUCAUCCACUUAUGCAUGACUCUGUCUACCCUGUGGGCAAACAGCCGGUGCUAAUGCAAGUUGGUGUGGACUACAAGUUUACCCGGAUUGCUGUGGAUCGGGUUGAGGCUGUGGAUGGACAGUAUGACGUGAUGUUUAUUGGAACAGAUACUGGGGUGGUCCUGAAAUCCAUCUAUGCUCCUAAAGCAAACCAGGAGGUGGAAGAGAUCAUUUUAGAGGAGUUGGAAGUAUUCCCGGACAAAUCACCCAUCACUUCAUUGAACCUGUCCAGAAAGCGGCAGUGGUUGUAUCUUGGCUCAAAGAGUGGCUUGGCCCAGGUCUCCUUGUACCAGUGUGAUCUGUACGGUAAGGGCUGUGCUGAAUGCUGCUUGGCGAGGGACCCUUACUGCACGUGGAACGGAAGCUCCUGCAGCACCUACCUACCCAGCAGUCGCAGAAGACACACUCGACAGGUCACUCUGAAUGGAGAUCCUUUGACUCAGUGCUUCAAUCAGGGAGGGGCCAUGCACACCUGGACUGAGGAGAAGGCGAUGUUUGUUGUUGAGGGGAACAGUACAUACCUGGAAUGUAUACCCAAGUCACGGCUUGCCACUGUCAGCUGGUUGGUGGAGACGGACGACCUGAAUGGGCUGUUGCAGGAGGUUACCUUUGGAGACCAGAUCAUUUCAAUAGAGCAAGGGUUGUUGAUUCGCCAGACAGAUCGUCGGGACGCUGGUACCUACCAUUGCCAAAUUGAGGACCAUGGUUUUCGCUGGACCCUGCUGAAGCUGCGGCUGCACGUGAUCCCCGCUGAGCAGAUGGUGAACCUGCACGAAAGCCAUGAGCAAUUAGCUGGCCCCGUGAAGGACCGUUCCCUUCUAGGCCCUGGCCAUAGCCCUCAGCCUUGGUACAAGAGCAUCAUGACCCUCAUCAACUAUCCGUCCAAGAUGGACUUCUACUGCGAGCAGGUCUGGCAGAAAGACUACAAGAAGAAAAGGAACAAGCUGCGUCUGAGCAAGAAUCACCGUAGCGUGGAGCCCAGCCAGAGAAACAAGUCGCCAAUGAGGGGCAGACGGAACAAAAACAAACCACGUGCCAAAUUUCUACGGUCACCCCGCAGUACCUAGCACUAUCCAGAUUCACUACAGCAGAGACACUCAUCCAAAGUAUAGCAACAGAAGGCUCCUGAAACUCUAGAUCUUUCCAAAACCUUUUGAACUCCAGUAAAUGAUAGGCUUCACAUGCAAUACAAUCUUUGAAAUGACAGAACAGUUGCCUUGUUUUGGCUGAGGGUGGCUGUGUAGCUGUCCGACUCACCUCUCUUCCCCUCUCGUGGAGGGAUUUCCUGUUAGUCUGUAGCUGACACAGAAGGGAGUUGAGGAGAGUAUCGUGGCUUUCAGCUGAGUGUAUUUUCCAAUAAUGAUAGGUUUAUGUAGGGUGUUGACUUGAGCUGGUCAGCUGCUGAUGAGCCUAAGGAUCGAAAAAGUUAGUUACCAGUGAAGAAGAGCACAUACCAUUUCUACAGCAUUGGUGAGAAGCAAUGGCAGGGAGCCUCAACCAGAGCUCCAGGCAUUUAGCUGCCAUUAUAUUGGAUAAGUGGCUGUUCAAAUGUACAAAUAGAAAGCAUCAUAAUCAUUUCAACCACUAUUUAGAAAAUCCCUACAAGAUAACAAAUCUCUACAAAGUGUAAACUAUUUCAUAAAUCAAAAGAUUGAAAAAUUCAAUAUGGGCAUUUAUGUUUUCCCAAUGACUCAUGGGAUUGCCACACCAAAGUUCCCAGAGGGGUGGGUAAUUGUGGUCAUGUUAUUGGACCAGUAAUCCCAAGGCCAAAGCUAAUGAUUUGAGAAUGUAUGUUCAGAUCCCAACACCUGGUAGCAUUUAAAUUCAAUUAAUAAAAUCUGGAAUUGAAAGCUAGUCUCAAUAAUGCUGACCAUGAAACUAUCUGUGAUUGUGCAAAAACUUCACAACUGCUAAAAGGUCCAAAUAUGUGCAGGUUAGGUGGAUUGGCAAUGCUAAAUUAUCCAUAGUGUCCAGGGAUGUGCAGGCUAGGUGGAUUAGCCAUGGGAAAUGUGAGGUUACAGGGAUAGGAUAGAGGAGUGGGUCUGAGUGGAAUGCUGUUUGGAGGGUGAGUGUGGGCUCGAUGGGACAAAAUGGCCUGCUUCCACACUGUAGGGAUUUUAUGGUUCCAAAGCUUAACUGUUUCACUCAUAGCCCUGUAUCUGGAAGAAAAUUCACUGUCCUUCCCCAGUCUGGCCUACAUGUGACUCCAGAAUAACAGUGGUGUAAUUGACUCUGAACCACCCUCUGAAUGACCCAGCAAGGUCAAUUGGGGUGUGGAACAAAUACUCCCCUUACCAGGGACUGGUACAUCCUGGGAUAGAAUAUAGAGAUACGCACAUUGAAUCUUUGGACUUCGUAAAGUGAGCAGACCUCAAAGAUGAUGAAGUUGGGAAACGUUAUUACAAUUGAUGGCUACCAUGCUGGCAGGGACAAGUUAGGCUAACCGAGUUCGCAAUAAUUUCCCAGUAAACCCAGGUCAUAAUGCAUUCAGUAACAUCAAGGUCAGGCUCAGCUAUUGCUUCCCCACCAGUGUUCCUCGUCAAUUCUCACAGUGAAGGCUGGUCACUCAGGCAAUAGAAUUGAUAGACUUCGCAGGAAAUCUCAGACAAAGAGGCAACACCUCCAAAGGCUGCUUGCUCAUUCGAGGUACCUCCUAUGACACCCGGACGGCCGUCCAAAGUCUGAGAUGCCCAGCUCCAAUGAAGAGGCGGGGAUGAAAAGACACAAUUAAUCACACCCGUCAUAACUUCCACUGAGGAAUCUUUUCCCUCCAUCCAGAUGACCAUAACUGAGGCCUGUUCGCCUGACGACUGCACUACAGAUGACCAUUGUUCCCUCCAUGCUCAGGCACGCUUCUGCCCCACCUGCCUGCCUGCUUCAACCAAUGCCAAUGUCUCCUAUUGGAGCUAGGGUGGGAUCUACUAGUGGACCCACAGCAUCGGGGGCCAACCCAUUGACCUCAAUAAGAUGGUGAGGGCAAAGGUACCCCAUUAGUAACCUGGAACCCCAAAUGCUGCUCUAAAGGGAAAACUGGCAAUGUUGGCAGGCCUCAGUUUUCACAUUGGGGUCCUGAUGCCCACUGGGAAAUCCAGCCUGUGACUUCUGAAAAUUGAGAUUAAAAACUUGCAUCCUGCGACUGAUCCUUGAGCUCACUUGGAACGCAUUCAUUUCCAAGUUAAAUAUUACAAAUGACCUUCCCCCUUCUUUAAUCCUGUUUAUUGAACCUCUUUAAAUUAUUGUUUAGAUAAACUCUUCAGAGCAUCAGUCAGUUUAGAUUGUUUACAGGGUAGGAUUUUAUUCAUGGUGGAAGGUUUUCUCCCAGUCACUGUUAUUGGAGAAUUUCUGAUUAUCACAAAAUCUCUGCUUUUCUCCCUGUUACUGUCUGUACCAUUUUUGCUUAAUUUUCUGUUUUAGCUGUGUGCAAUGAUUAUAACAAGAUCAGUUAGGUGGAGCUCAUAGGAUAUGAGUUCCCUGAUUGGGGCUGUUAACCAGGUCCAAUCAGGGGGCCUUGGCUGACAGAUAUAAACAGGAGUGUCAGGGGUUCUGUUCACUCUGAGAGCUGGCUCUGUGCUAGCUGGGUUCAGUGUCAAGCACUGUCCACUUGUAAAUAAAGGGUGACUUGGUGCUGGGAGACUAGCCUCUGUGGAGUUAUUUCACAGUGCAAGAUUUUAAAAUGCUAUCAUUGAAUAUUAGAGUCAGAGGCUUUUCCAAAUCUAGUGACGUAUGCGGUAGACAAGGCAUUCUCGGUAGGCGCCCCUCUGUAUCCAGAAUGGCUGACUUUUGACUUUCUCACUCUUCCUGCCUGCGAAGGCAGUAUUCAAACAAGUUACAGGUUGAUAAUUGACCUGCUUUGGGCACAUUACGAAUGACCCUUAUGUGGCCAACUAGCCCUGCAGGGAACUAAAAUCCAAAGCUUCUGGCUUGGUGUCAGGGCCUCUAUCCACUCCACCACAAGACCUUCUCCAUUUACUGAUCCCUGAUCUCAACAGUUUAAAAUAAUUUUCCAGUUGUUCACGUCAAAACCAGUUGAUUUCUACCUUGAUUGUAUUGCAAUAAAAUAAUGACAAAGGUUGCUCAAACAGGCAGCAAAAAUGUCACCACUUGCUUCCAGAUUACAGUCGCCAUGUUGUCUCAGUGGGUCAGAAUUUUGGGCAAAAGUGAGGACUACAGAUGCUGAAAACCAGAGUUUAGAUCAAGCUGGUGCUGGAAAAGUGCAGCAGGUCAGGCAGCAUCCGAGGAGCAGGAAAAUCGACAUUUCAGACAAAAGCCCUUCAUCAGGAAUAGAGGCAGGAAGCCUCCAGGGUGGAGAGAUAAAUGGGAGGGGGGGGGUGGGGCUGGGGAGAAGGAAGCAAAAAGUACAAUAGUUGAAUGAGGGUGGGGAUGGAGAUGAUAGGUCAGAGGGGAGAGUGUAGCAGAUAGGUGGGAAGGGAGAUUGGCAGGUAGGACAGGUCAUGAGGACAGUGCUGAGCUGUAAGGUUGGAACUGGGGUAAGAUGGCGAGGAGGGGAAAUGAGGAAACUGGUGAAGUCCACAUUGGUGCCCUGGGUUGAAGUGUUUAGAGGCAGAAGAUGAGGCGUUCUUUCUCCAGGCGUUGGAUGGUGAGGGAGCGGCAGUGGAGGCAGCCUAGGACCUGCAUGUCCUCGGCAGAGUGGGAGAGGGAAUUGAAAUGUUGGGCCAGGGGGCAGUUGGGUUGAUCCCUGAAGCGCUCUGCGAGGAGGCGUCCAGUCUCCCCAACGUAGAGGAGACCGCAUCGGCAGCAACGGAUACAAUGAAUGACAUUGGUGAAUGUGGAAGGCUCCACUGGGGCCUUGGAUGGAGGUGUGGCUGCAGGUUUUGCAAUUCCUGCGGUGGCAGAGGACGGUGCCAGGAUGGGAGGGUGGGUUGUUGGGGGGCGUCUUUCAAGUCUGAACCUGGAUGUAAAUCUAGCCCCAACUUGAUGCAGUAAUGGUGGCUAACUUGAUAUAACUUUAUUAUUUCCAGAUAGACCUAACCCAGUAACUAGCAUGUAAUAAGGAGACAGUGCAAGAAUGCCUUUAAUGUACUGUGCAAAUCACUAACUUAGUAAUCUCACUCAAGAUGCCUGGCUGGAAAAUAGAAACUCUAUGGGUGAAAUUUCUGCUUAAGUCAGAUUUACUUCAUAUGUUGACCCUGUUUUAAUUGUUAUUGAUUGGUGUUCUUAAAAAUAAAUCACAGGACCGCCGCUUAUCAUGCUGAAUACAUUGUCAAAAAAGUAUAAAAAGUGCAAAUCUUCUAACACUUGUGCAAGUCCUCCCAACAUCUCAACACAGGCAAUCUGCUCCAAUCAGUCCUACUUUUUUCAAACUGGAAAUGUAAGAGGUACAGUACGGUCAAUGAGUGUGUUACCUCCCAAUCCAAUAUGUUUUGGGACAUUUUUCUGUGUUAAAAGUGCUAUACAAAUACAAGUUGAUGUUGUGUCCUCCAGUAGGAAAGUGAAACAGUAAGACAGGUCAGUAAUUUCACCACAUGAGUCACAUUUUCUUGUGUAUGUGUGUAUUUUCUCCAUUAACUGUGGGAAUUGGUAGCACAUUAUGGACCAAUGCCCUAACAUUAUUAACAACUGGCAAUGUGACUAGAAAGAAAGAUUUCUGCAAAGUACAAACCACUUUGAAUAAGGGUAUCCAUGGACUGAGUGGUAUCCUAGCAGCAUCAUUUAAAAACACUGAAUUUUUUUUAGCCCAGCAUUUGAAUUGCAAUCUCUUUUUAAAUUAAUUACUUGGGUAUGGAUAGUAUCUAUUAUCUAUCCCUGUGAAUUGAAAAUGCAUGCCAGAUCAGUACAAUCAAUGGUUGUAAAGAGGGACACAGUCAGAUAUAGGAACUGGGAUGGGGGAAAGAGGUCUUCAAGAAAUUAAAGGUUUUGAAUAGCAUAUUGAACACAUCAAAACAAAUUGGCGAGAACUAGUAACUUCAUGGUGUAACCUACAAGGGUAAAGAUGGUGUAUGAAAUUAAUUGGAGGAUGAGUUAAACAUAACUACAAGUUUACCAUAAGUGGGCAACACAGUUUCCCAAGCUGAGGUGGGAGUUGAGACAAUAUAUUCAGGAAGGGUGGCUUGGCUUGAAGCACGGUGGACUUGUUUCUUUAUUCAUUCCAAGAAUAUAGGCACCGCUGUCAAUUCCCAACAGUUAUUGCCCAUCCCUAAUUGAGGAGGUGUUGACAAGUUGUCGUCUUGAAUCACAAAAUGAUGCUAGGGAAGGAGCUCUAGGAUUUGGACCCAGCCAUAAAGAAGGAACAGCAUUAUACAUACAAGUGAGGAUGAUGUUUGACUUGAAAGGGAAUUUAGAGGUGAUGGUGUCCCCAGUGUACUGGCUGCCCUUGUCUUUCUAGGUAAUUCAGGUCAUGGGUUUAGGAGCUAUUGCCAAAGAAGCCUUAGUAUUUCAUUAGCAUUUAUUUCUCACUAACUUUCAAUCUUUUUCUGAUAAUACAGCAUUUCUAUAUCAGGUGACAAUUACUGAGGAUUUCCAACUUAGUUGAAUUUUUUGAAAACUUUAUGCAGACCCUGGGCUUUAUAGUUUUUAAAGUCAUGGUGUAGUACACCUGAUAGUUGUAAUCAGGCUCCAGAAACAUUAUCAUACAGUUCAGAAGGUUAAAUUGGGUUGUAGGUCAAAGGCCAUAUAACCUAUGCAGUGAGUAGCUUCAGCUUAUUUUAUGACCUCAUUUACAAAGUGUAAAUGUAAAGCUAUUUAAGUCAGUUGUUAUCUGGGCAAUAUUUAUGUAGGAUAGUGUGAAAAGCAUUCACAUUGUCGACAUAAUGGGAAGAGGUUCUGAAGGUAUUAAAUGCUUUCAAUUGUAUUAUUUAAUUUUAUUUGUGUGUUUAUUUUCUGUACAUUUGUUUUCUUUUCAUUGAGGUGUGUAUAUAUUCAGUUUGUGUAUUGACUGUGUGACCUGUGUUAUUAAUAAUGGCAAUGUCUCUUGCAUCUCAGCUUUGAAAUAAAAUUGAAUCUUCUGACUGA